AUGGGCAGGGUGAGUCGGCAUAUCAUCUUUUUUGAGGACAAGAACUUCCAGGGUCGACGCUACGAGUGUGACAGCGACUGUUUGGAUUUCCACACCUACCUGAGCCGCUGCAACUCCAUCCGGGUGGAGAGCGGGGCCUGGGUGGUGUACGAGAGGCCCAACUACAUGGGCUACCAGUACGUCCUGGUCAGGGGGGAGUACCCGGACUACCAGCGCUGGAUGGGGCUGAAUGAUCGCCUCAGCUCCUGCAAGAUGGUCCACUUUACCAGCGGGACCACGUACAAGAUGCAGCUGUAUGAGAAAGCUGACUUCGGGGGCCAGGCUGUGGAGGCCACGGAGGACUGUCCCUCGCUCCUGGAGAAGUUUCGCUGGAGGGAGGUCCACUCCUGUAAGGUCUUUGACGGCUGGUGGGUUUUCUACGAGCGCCCCAACUACAGCGGCCGCCAGUACUUCCUGCAGAAGGGGGAGUACCGUAAGCCCGGGGACUGGGGUGCCCUCAGCGCUGCGGUCCAGUCCUUCAAGAGACUCACCGAGUGA